GUGUAUCUAGCACUGUCGCUUACUGGAUGCGUAUCACAAUCUCCUGGAGUUCCAAACAUCUUCUUGGUGAAGUUGCAAAGUAAGGGCAAUACAACUUUUCCUAUUCCAGAAAUACGCGUGGGAUACUUCGGUAAAGGACACUCUCUAUUAGGCCAAUUAACCUGCCAACCAAGCUCUGGAAAGAACGCGACUGCCAUACUACAACCCACAAGUACACUUUCAGUCUCCAACGAAGCCAACUCUUACCGCUUAGCAAGCAUGAUAUCACUCGCACUCACAAUUCAGUCAAGAGUCAUGCCUGCUUUUAUCGCUGGAGCUGGUGUUAUGUUUACUAUCAGCAUCUUCUUUGUUGUGUUAUUAAAGCGCGACUUCAAAACUGUGGCAAAAGGCAAUACAACCGCAGCCCGGCGUAGACAGUUCUUAAGAAAGGCAUUGUUCACAGUAUCGUGGCUCUCGGUUUCCUUUUCAUUAGCGUCCGCAAUAGCUGUCAAUCAAACAACGAACGGCAUGGCCUUUGUCACUCAGACAGAGGUAUCGAGCGUUAGGAUCACGACUGGAACGGCGCUGAACGUGCUACAAUGGCUUGCAUUUACUUCUUCAGCAUUAUUUGCGGCA